UUCAUAAACAUUUCUAUAUUUAUUUAGUAGCUUUUAGCCUACUGAAAGUAAACAAAUAUGGCCGACAUUGGAAAGAAAAAAAUCUGGCUUCGAUUAAAACGAUUAGAUACAGGAGAUGAUGGUAAUGGUAUGGUACAUUGUAUUGAUAUAAGUGAAGACCAGUCUGGAAAACAAAUCAAGGAAACCAUUCUACAGUCAUGUGACCUGUGUAAUAUCAAAAAUAUUGUUCUGAAGUUAAGGAAUCAAAGAGGUUCAUUAAUACCUAUAACAUGGAAUGUGUCAGCUAACUCAAGCUCAAGGCCUUAUGUAUUAGAGGUUGUUAAAGUACAUCAGAAUAUUCAAGCCCAGCCAAGAAGUAUAAAAAUCAAAAAUUAUAAUGAAACUACCAGAGAGAAGUUGACAGAAAUAACCAAAAGGAUUGAGAAACUAGAGGCAGCAGCACCAGACCUGAAACAAAGGAGAAAUGACAAAAUAAACAGGGAGAUGAAGGAGGUAGAACAAAUGUUAGAGUUUCUGGGAAAACGUUUAAAGGAUGCUGAGAAUGUCAACUGGAAGGGCAUGUUUAAGAAGAAUCCCCUGUGGUGACAGAUCUUAUUUUAUAAUAUAUAUUAUAUUGGCUAUACAUAUAGACCGGGUCCAAGGUUUUCUAUUAUAUAUGGAGAGCCAUUUUAGAAUCAAAAACUUUUUCUGGGCAAAGUAUUUAUAUAAGCUAGCCAAAUCUUUAUUUAACAGGUUGUUCUUAGUAAUUGAGUAGAAGUAAUACAUCUUGUAUAUUAUCAAAAAUAAACACAUGACAUCAUAAAAAUAAUUAUAAUGAUUGUGAACAUAUAGAUAUAUCAGGGAAUUAUUAUUGAGAAAAAAUUACUUUAGCUAGAAUAUGAUGCAGCAUUCCAAACUUGGUUUUUAUUGAACUUUUUAAGUUAUGUUUCAAUAAAACAGUAUUUAUUUAUCAUUUUUAGUAUAGUUUGCUAUGCCUCUGUUCAUUUUUAAAUUGUAUUUUCGUAGCUUUGAAUUGUAACCUUUUACUGAAAGUUACUAAAAAAAGGCAAACAAAGAUUUAUUUGAAAAAUAAGGCAUUUGAAUACACUUUGUUAUUUAUUCACGUUACAGAUAUACUUAAAAAAACGUUGAAAACAUGAAACCAAAAUGGAAUUUUUCAUUGGAAAACAAUUUUUUUUUAAACAGUAUCAAAUGAUAAAAUAAAUGUCAUGUAAGAAUCACAGCAGAUGAUUUUAUACUGACCUAUUUUCUCUUAUUGUGAAUCAGUAUCUUAAAGGUUGUGAGCAAAAAUUUAUGUCCUCACUUAUAAAGAAAAAGGCAUAUUGUGAUGGGGUGGUUUUUAUGCACACAUAUGUCUGUUGUUCAAUCAUUUACUAGAAUAGAAAUAAGCCAUGGUUUAUGUUAAUUUCUAGGAACAUUUCCUAUGACCAGUAGAUGACCCCUUAUGAUUUAGAGGUAAUUAGGUCAAAAGUCAAGGUCAUGGUUACACUUUGUGUAAAAUUCUUGUUUGAUGAAUAACUUUAAAAGAAUAAGAUUUGCUUUAAUAAACUUGGUAAGGACAUUGCCCAUGGCUAGUAAGAGGUCCUUAAUUAGGUCAAGGUCACAGUGACAUGAUGGGAAAUGCUAGUGUAAUCAAUAACAUGAAUUUCCUUAAUCUAAUGUGUGGGAAUAAAAUAGUUGUAAUACUAUUACUAUUUAUAUUGCCUAUUAAAAUUAACACUUGACCUUUAUAAGAUGUGUAUAGGUAUGUAAAUAUGCAAGUGCGGAAGGCAAAUGAAGUGGGACCAUCAGUGUGGUAUGAACUCAUUUCUACUUUAUGCAAGAAUUUACUUGGAGAGAAAUUAUGUAUUAUGAAGCAUUAUUUAUUUAGAAUAAAUAUUCAGGCAUUUAUUGUUUUUUGUAUGCUGUGUUAUAAUGUACUGUGAUGGCUGUUUUAAUUAUCAUAUUAUUAUGUAUUAUAUUUGUUCAUAGUAACUUUCUUUUGUGACUUUAUAUGGACUGGUAUAUUUAUGUUGAUUUAGUGACAAUAGCGUUGGUGUUGUUAUUUUUUAAUAAAGUUAACAUUGUGGCAUUACGGUCUGUGAUUGGAAAUACAUUUGGAAUUUUAAUUGAAUUUAUAAUUCUGGGACAUAGUGCUGAUAUAUUUAUAUAAUCAUGGUCUUGUUUGCAUAUUCUGAAAUAGUCUAGAAACAGUUUUAAAAUAUCAUAUCUUUUAUUUAUUGUUUAAGAGGUUAAAAUGAUCAUGGUCUGAAUUAUCAAAUAACAAAAACAUUUUUUUUUUUUGUAACUUAAGAUAUAAUUAUGUUUUCUUGACUGUUACUUUUAUAUUUUGUAAUGAAUUCUUCAUAUAGAUCUGUAUUUACAUAAACAUGGUUGAAAUCUUUUAUAUUUCUCAUUUUUUAUAUCUUGGUAAAUAUAUUAUUCUUAAUUAUAUUUAUUUAGCUCCUAUUUUAUAAUCUCUACCUCAUUUAUUUGUAAAAACUUGCUUUAUAAAAGAUCUGGUUUAAUAUUUCUUCCUUUUAUAGACUUGUGAAUUUUUGGUGUUCAAAUUUUUUUUUUUUUCAAAGUUGGUUGUUUUCCCUUCAAUUUCACUCACUUACUUGUCCACACAUUGCUUUCAUUAAUUGACUGAUACUAAAUAAAUUUGUCGAGAUGAUUCUUUCCAAGGACUUGCACUCUUUAGAAGGCUUUUAAGGUCAAAGACAAUGUUGUUUAUACUUCCCUCACACAUACCUCGCGACCUUACUGCGUCCUUACUGCGACCUUGCUACGACACAGGACGCAGCACAGUCGCCAUGGACGCAGCAAAACUGCAGGGACGCAGCGAGGUCGUAGCGAGGAACCCAAGGACGCACAAGGUCGCAGACCGUCGGCGACUAUUUUGAACAUGCACAAAACAGUCGCAGAAACUCUGCGUUCUUGUUGAGUCCUGGUUUGGUCGCAAGAACGUAGUAGGGUCGUCGUACAGUCGCAGGACAGUCGCCGGACAAACGCAAUAUUCGUCGUAGAGUCGCCGUAAGGACGCAGAGAACAUGGCACAGUUGCAGCUGGGUCGCCGAUGAUCGCCGAUGGGUCGCCUUUGGGACGCAAUACAGUCGCAGUGGAAACGCCAUGGACGUAGAAGGGUCGUAUUGAGAACGUACUGAACACAAGACUGCAGAGCCCCGGACCGUCUGCGAGAGAAAUUUUCUGCGAGAGAAAUUUGGAAAUUUGAAAGAAAACCAACGAUUUUCGAAAGAAAAAUGCUAUUUUACUAGUUUUCAGGUCGCAGUAAGGUCGUGGUUUAUGUGUGAGGGCAGCAUAAGUCUAAAGUUUUAUUUUCUUACUUUUCAUUGUUGUAAAGUAAGGACGUGCUUUUGAGUUUAUGAAGGGACUUUGAAGAUCAUGCAUUGAUGUUACAAUACAAAUAUUCUUGAUUGUAUGCAAUAAGUUUAAACAUUGGAUUGUAUAAUAAUUUAUUGUAAUACAUUACAUAUGCUGUACAAUAUUUCACGUGAAUAGACUGAAAUGGAAGAUGUAAUCAACAAACUAAUGUUAUCUUAUAUUGAAUCUUAUUUCCCAGAGAAAACAAUUGAAAAAAAUCUCAUGCAAGUGUUACUUGAAAAUUGAAAUGUUAUUACAUUGGUCUGACAUUGAAAAUAGAUUUCCCCAUGGAAUCUAGUUUCUGCUCAAUAGAUCAAUAUCCUAGUUAAUUAAAUUACUAGUAUUUACUAUGAUCAUGUGUUAUAUCAACAGCUGGAAAAAAUUGUUUAACUUUUUUGUCAAGUUGAUUUGAUUGAGUUUCAUACAGGAUUUGAAAAAUAAAAAAAAUAAAAAUAUGAAAUGAAAAUACAAUAAUGAUAUUGAAAUGUUCUGAGAUAUAGCAAAAUAAUUUUCAUGUACUGCCCCUAGGUAUUGAAUGGGUAUUACCCAUUUCUUAAUGUACAAUCGUUAACAAGGCAUUUAUAAAACAUUAUGUUUCAAUUUUAUUUACUUCUGUUUUGUUACUGAUACCAAUCAUUCAAACAGUUUUACAUAUAGUCAAUUGUCAGGAAUAGAGAGAGAAAGAGUGAGAAAAUAAUUGUUUUUAAAAUAUAUGGGAACAGUAAGUUUUAAAUUUAAGUCAACAGUACAUUGAUGUCGUAAAUUACCCUCGUUAUACAACAAUUUCUGUGUUAGAUGUUAGUAUAUAUUCUUUGAAGUAUGAACAACAAAAAAACACAAUUUAUAUAGUUAUAUCAGACAAUAAUAUAGCUAAAAGUACAUACUUAAAAGCAAAGUGUAGACAAACAUGAUGUGAGGAUAUUUUUAUUCAUUAGAACUGUCGAUCAUUAGAUACACACUUGUUUAUAAGGCUAUAUACUUGGUAGAAAUGUUGAUAAUGCCUGAAAUCAUGAAACCUGUAAUUAGCAGUAUGUACACAGUUAUAUAAGCAGUUUACCCUGUAAUUGUCUAUUGUACUGUGUUAAUUACUAGUCAAUAAGUACACACUAAUGUUACAAUUUCUACUAAACUCUUUUAUGUUCUUGCACUUCCCUGACUGUCACGUUCUAUCUAUUCUAUUUUUUUUAUUACACAAGUGUUGUUUUGUCAAUGGAUGUAAGAAUAUAGUCAUGAAUUUUCUAGUUUCAAGAAGUAUGCUGCUAUCUUCCUAUCUCUAGUUUCCGCCGCCUUUUUAUGAACACUUUAAUGGCAACAAAUACUGAACUUGUCCUUUAUUAAAUUCUUUAGGUUCAUCAACAUUUUUACUUAUGUGAUGUCCAUAAUUACUUUAUGAUGUUCACCAUAACUUAAUGAUGUCCACCAUUAAUUUAUCGUGUUCACCAUUUCUUUAUAAUGUGCACCAUUACUUUAUGAUGUUCACCAUUACUUAAUGAUGUUCUGUCAGUUCACCAUUACUUUUAUGAUUUUUUACCAUUACUUUAUGAUUUUCACAAUUACUUUAUGAUGUUCACAAUUACUUUAUGAUGUUCACUAUUUCUUUAUGAUGUUCACCAUUACUUUAUGAUGUUCACCAUUACAUUAUGAUGUUUACCAUCUCUUUUUCUUUAUGAUUUCCACCAUAAAUUUAUGAUAAUUGUAGAUAAAAUCAAGAAUUUCAGCAUUCUGGCAGUAAAAAAGUUUGGUCAAGCUUCACAAAUGUAAAAGCUGGCAAAAAUUAAUAUAGAUGGCAUACUUUUGUAUAGAUGGCAUUGCAUUUUGGAGAUUGACUGCUACUGAAAAAUAUUUAUAAUAUGUUAUAUAAUUCUGGAGAGACAUGAUUCCUGUUAAAUAUGAAAAUUAACAGGUGAACAUUGCAGACAUGUUUAAUUUAGUCUGUUCAUGAGAUAUAAUGAAGGAUGUAGAAUCUUUCACAUCCCUAUAGCAUCUGCUUUUAUAGUCACAUAUCACACAAUCAAUGGCUAAAAAUACAAAUGUGGUUCUAAAUCAACCUUGGUUGUUUUAAGAUUUUGCUUUUUGAAAAUUUUACUUUAUAAAAGCAAUGUACAUUUUAAUUUAAAUGUGAUACAAGCUGUGGUAUGAUAUAUUUAGAUUAUUGUUGUUGUUUCUUUUCUCGACUUGUAACUUUAUUUAGUUAAGUUUAAACAGAACUUGUAGCGAUAUUGUUAGUAAAAAAAAUAUACUUUGAACUGUG